AUGGCAUAUAGAAGGAGACCUGAAACUGAGUACAUCAAGGAUAUUGUUGAAUAUGUUAUAAAGAAGUUGAUGAGUGGCAAAUUUAAAAGUGCUUCUGCAGAGUUAGUUCGAAUAGAUGAUCAGAAACAGACGAUUUUGAGGCUAAUUGAGCAGGAAGACAGUCGUCUAAUAGGACUCUGGGGACAAGGUGGUAUUGGCAAAACUACUCUCUCUGAUGUUAUAUUCAAUGAAAUCUGUCAUGAGUUUGAAGGUAAAUGCUUUGUUCUAAAUGUUAGAGAGAAAUUUAAAACACAGGGGAUGGAAUCAUUACGAAACGAGCUUCUUUCGAAACUCUUAAACCAAGAAAUUCAUGUAGACACCCCCUCAAUUGGGUCAACCUUAAUCCAAGAGAGGCUAAACAAUAAAAGAGUACUUGUUGUCCUUGACGAUAUUAAUGACUCAGACCAAAUAGAUUGUUUUGGUGUUAAACAGUUUGGUGAUGGAAGUAAAAUCAUUGUAACAUCAAGGGAUAGACAAGUACUUAAGAAUGGAGGUGUUGACAAAAUACACGAGGUAAAAAAGUUGAAUAGAAAUGACUCUCUUCAACUUUUUCCUACAUUUGCAUUUAAACAAUUGAAUCCCGCUGUUGAUUUUCAAGAUCUAUCGAAUAAGUUUGUAGAAUAUGCCCAAGGAAGUCCACUUGCGCUUAGAGUUUUGGGUUCAAAACUAUAUAAAAAGUCUAGAAAAGAGUGGGAAAGUGAGGUGGAUAAACUAAAGGAGUAUGCCCAACCAAAAAUUUCACAGAUUUUGAGGAGUAGCUUUGAUGACUUGGAUGAACUAGAGAAGAAUGUAUUCCUUGAUAUUGCAAUCUUCUUUAAAGGAAAACUCAAAAAAGAUGUAGAAAAAAUUCUAAAUUGUUGUUAUAAGGGUGCUGUGUGUGGAAUAAGCAACUUGAUCGACAAAUGCCUGCUUGAUAGCAAAUAUGAAGAUGAACGGAUUUUUAUGCAUGAUAUGCUUGAAGAGAUGGGUAAAGACAUUGUUUGCAAAGAAUCUAUAGACCCUGGAAAGCGUAGUAGGUUAUGGAGUGCUAAAGACGUGUAUCAAGUGCUCAGAUAUAAUAAAGGGAUUAAUCUAAUUCAAGGAAUAAAGUUAGACAUAUCUCAAAUUGAUAAUUUACGGUUACAUCAUUCUACUUUUGAGGGCAUGAUUGAUCUUAGAGUUAUCUUCUUCUACACUUCCGAUACGUUAUGGGAUAAGUGUCUGGCAGAGAAGCUUCUUGCAGACCAAGUUGAUAGUGUAUUUCUUCCUGAUGAGCUAAGAUAUCUUUGUUGGGAUUAUUGUCCAUUCAAAUCUCUAUCAGGUUUUAAUCCAAAAAAUCUUGUUGUGUUGAAAUUAUCAAAUGGCGGUAUGGAUCAUCUUUGGAACGAUGAUGAACAUCAGGUACUUGUUAAUUUAAGGGAAAUUGUAGUUGUUGGCUGCAAGAAUUUAAGGAAGAUCCCAAGUCUAUUAGGAGCCAUCAAUCUUGAACGCCUUGAUUGCUCUGAUUGUAAAAAUUUGGUUGAACUUCCUUGCCUCAAUCAUUUGGCAUCACUUAAAAGGCUUCAACUUAAGGGAUGUCAUAAACUCAAGAAGCUUCCCGAGAUCCCAAAUAACUAUCCUUUUUUAGUAUUACAGGAAAGUGAAAUAGAAGAAGUGCCUGAUUCAAUUGAGCAUCUCAUCGGACUUAAGAGCUUGAACUUGAUGAACUCAAAGGUAAAAAAAGUAUCAAGAAAUAUUUCAAAGUUGGAAUCUCUUAGUGGUCUGACUCUUAGUCAUUGCCCAUUAGUUGAAUUUCCGGAAAUCCCAAGAAGCUUAAGAGUAUUGAACUUACCUGGAACUCAUAUUGAAGAGGUGUACCUGUCUCUCGACUCCCCAAGUAAUCUUCAGACCUUAAAUAUGAGUGGCUCAAAGGUAAAAAAUGCAUCCAUCAAGAUGGAAUCCCUUCGUGAUCUGAAUCUUAGUGAUUGCCCAAUAGUCAAAUUUCCCGAAAUCCCAAGAAACUUGAGAAAAUUAAACUUAUCUGGAACUCAAAUUGAAGAGGUGUCCUUGUCUCUCGACUCUCUAGGUAAUCUUCAGACCUUAAAUAUGAGUGGCUCAAGGGUAAAAAGUGUAUCGAUCAAGAUGGAUUCCCUUCAUAGCCUAGAUCUCAGUCAUUGCCCAACGGUCGAAUUCCCAGAAAUUCCAGGAAGUUUAAGAGAAUUAUAUUUAUCUGGGACUCAAAUUAAACAAGCGUCCUUGUCUUUAAACUCUCUAAGCAAUCUGGAAAACUUAUAUAUGAGCCGCUCUAGCAUUCAAAAGCUAGAGUGCAAUAUGUUCGGUACGAAAGAGAUUCCAACUUCACCAAACUUUCGGUUUAUAAGCUUUGAUACUUUGGCAGUGGACCAUUGCGAGAGUCUUAAAUUACUCUCCGAGCUUCCACCAUAUAUUCGAGACUUGGACUCAGAUGGCUGCACAUCAUUAGAAAAUCUUGAAUCAAGAGUCAAUUGA